CCAUGACAACAAGUUUAGAUAGAGAUACGGUCCGAGCGGCUUAUGAGGACGUCAGAAGCGACUUAUCCGAUACAGACUGGGCCGUCUUCAAAUUCAGCGGUCCCCAAAUAGUAGUCUCCGCCAAGGGUUGUGAUUUUGCAGAGUUUAGGGAACAAUUCGCUGAGAAUGAACGUGCUUUUGGAUAUAUCAGAUUGCAAAUGGGGGAUGAGAUGUCAAAGCGCCGAAAGUUUUUGUUCCUGACGUGGGUCGGACCAGGUGUUGGUGUAAUUAAUAGAGCUAAAAUGUCAACUGACAAAGCUAUGGUGAAAGAUAUAAUUACUAACUUUGCGGUUGAGCUUCAAGCUGAAAACCAGUCAGAGCUUGAAGUUGAACAAUUCAGAGACGCCCUGAAUCGUGCCGGGGGUGCCAACUAUGGCACAGGAGUGCGCGACAUUUGAAUGUCCUAAUGACACAAAUAAAAAAAGAUAUUUUUAUAAAAUUUAUAACUUGUAUGGUUAUGUAACAAAUUUUAUUACGUUUUAGUUUUUUUAGUAUAUUGUAAACUACAUAUGUCUGUAUUAUAUUUAUAUGAAGUAUGUUGAUAAUGAUGUGUUGCUAUCAUGAUUUUAAAAUUACCGGUUUAAA